AGGCAAGCGCGCGAGCGAGCGCGGCCAGGCGAGAUGCUGGGGAAGCGGCACAGGAGCAUGGUGAUGCGCCGGACCACCAGCGUGGCGUCCCUCCCGCCGGCGCCGAAGCAGGUGCGCCAGGAGGGCGGCGCCGGCGACAGCAGGGCACGCGCGGGCCCGUCCUCCUCCGUGUCCGCGGGCGCCGUCGGGACCGGCGGCGCUGCGGCCUGGCCGAAGAGCGACGCCGACGGCCUCGUCGGCGUGGUGACGGCGGCGUUCCUGGCCGCCUGCUUCUUCUGCGGCAAGGCCCUCGGCCCCGGCAAGGACACCUACAUAUACAGGGGCGAGGUGGCGUUCUGCAGCGCCGAGUGCAGGGAGCGUAUGAUCGAGCAGGACGAGAUGAUGGAGCAGAACUGCUCCCUGACCUCCAUCAGGGAGGCGGCCCCGUCCGCGCCCGGCGGCUCCGACCAGUCGGGCAGCGGCCCCGGGGACGCUGUCGCCGCCGCCUAGCCGGCGACCAAUUAGGUCAUAUACUAGCUCCUAGAACAUAAUGUGCCGUAUAUGUGGCACAAUGCCGGCGUGUAAAGCGUCCGUGUUAUACAAGAACCUGGUAGUAAACUGUAGCGGGGUAGGCUGUUGUUGUUGAUGAUGUGUCGGUGACUGAUGCCAUGUGACACAUGGUUUCUUACCUGCCCGCCGGAAAGAAGAGAAGUUGGAUCGCAAUACCAGAUUUCAUCCCCCAUA